ACUUAUUGUUCUGUUCUUUUUAUUUAUAUAUUGUAAUAGAUCAAAAUAAUAUACCAUAAACCUGUAACAUUAAAUAAUUCUAAUAAAAUUACUUACUCCAUAUUAUUCUCUAAAUUACUUUAAAUAUGAAUGUACAAAUAAAUUGCUGAGACAUAAUGUUUGUUGCACAUUUAUUCAUUUUUGUGUUGUGUCUUGGAACUGUAUUAAACGAGAAUAGUGGCUGUGGAUGCAAUUUGAACCGUGAUAGUACCUUAGACCCCAAAGCAAAUUAUUUAUUGUCUACUGCUAAUAAUAAAUGCCACCGAUCAGAACAAGAACAAAAUGAUAAGACAAUGUUUUUAGUACCUAGUGGCGUAUACCAGGUUGGCACAGAUGAUAUUGUUAUUGAGACUGAUCAGGAAGGUCCUAGAACAUUAGUAAAGAUAUCAAGUUUCUACAUAGACAAGUGCGAAGUUUCAAAUAGAGAUUUUAGCAAUUUUAUCAAGUCCACAAACUAUGAGACUGAAGCAGAAAGAUUUGGGGAUAGUUUUGUAUUCACACUUUUUCUUAACAAUACAUAUAAAGAAAUGUUAAAAGAUUUUCGCGUAGUUCAAGCUACCUGGUGGUAUAAAGUAAAAGGCGCAAAUUGGAAACAUCCACAUGGAUCAGAUUCUAACUUAGAAGAUUUAAUGGACCACCCAGUAAUACAUGUGUCUUGGAAUGAUGCUCAGGCAUAUUGUAAAUGGCGUGAUGGUAGAUUACCAACUGAGGCUGAAUGGGAGGCGGCCUGUCGUGGUGGACUAAGAGAUAUUAAAUAUCCGUGGGGAGAUAAGUUGUUUCCAAAUCAUACACAUAAGGCUAAUAUUUGGCAAGGUACAUUUCCAAAUUAUAAUUCAGCAAAGGAUGGCUUUAUUGGGACUAAUCCGGUAAAUUUAUUUUCACAAAAUGAUUUUGGUAUUCAUAAUAUGGCUGGAAAUGUAUGGGAGUGGACUGAAGAUGGUUGGUCUAAAGAUAAGCCUACAGAGAAAGUAAAAAAAGGUGGCUCAUACUUGUGCCACAAAUCUUACUGCUACAGAUACAGGUGUUCUGCUAGAUCUCACAAUACAGCUGAUAGUUCAGCCGGAAACCUAGGUUUCAGGUGUGCUAAGUCUGCUUAGUAUUAGAUCAAAAUAAUUUAUUUUAUAUGUACUUAAUUGUUCAUAACCUUGCAUUUAACAAAUUAGGUUUUGGUGGCAACUUUUUAUAUUUAGUACCAUAUCUUUUAAUAUUUCGUCUACUGCGAGUAUUGAAUCUCCUCCUAGGGUAGGUGGUGAUUUACCAUAUUUUAAUUACAGUCUGCUUAUUGGUUGAAUUUUGUUGUGUUUAAUAAAAUGUUUACCAGAUA